GGACUAAUGGUGGCGACCGCAUCCGUUUCGUCCCUACUAGAGUCUUGGCCAGACGCACCAAAACUGUGAUGGGAAGCGCAAGGAAGAAUGAGGCCGUCUUUGCCGGUGUGGGUGUCGAGGUGCCGGGCAAUAGGUAGGUUCUUCCCGUCCCGGACACGAGCCAAAUAAAUCUUGUUGCCGGAAGCAACGGCCUACUCGAUCAAGCAAUCUACAACUACAAAGCAGGUUUUUGGCUUUUUAUGACAUUCGAGAGUUAAAGAAAAGUUCAAACGUCGUCGGCAAUUUCUUGUUCGGCGAGGCUUACAUUUGUUAUCAUUGUUUCUUCAUUUUGCCUUUGGGUUUUCGCUUUCGGAGACCAUCUACAUAUGCCAGCUAUUUGUCUUUGCAACGAGUCUGAUUUAAUGUCGAUUGCCCUUCAAGUCGAUUCUUCACGAGCUCCUAUCGACGAACGGCGCCGUCGCCCAAGAUGCGUUUCAGUGUGGGAAUUGCGUUCCUUUUCGGCCAGGCCAUGGCCUCACCUCACUCGCUUCAGCAACUCCAGCAGAGACAGGACAACAAAGACUGCCCGCCAAUCCACAUCUUUGGAGCGCGAGAGACGACGGCGCCGCCGGGCUUUGGUGCCGCGGCCGGCAUCGUCGACGACCUCACCAAGGCGAAUCAGGGGGCCACGAACGAGGCCAUCAACUAUCCCGCAUGUGGAGGGUCGUCAGACUGUUUGGGAAUCAGCUACGCGGACUCGGUGAAGAAUGGGACGGCGGCUGUUGCCACGGCCGUGAAUGAAUUCAACAAGAAGUGCCCCAAGACGAAGAUUGUCAUGCUGGGGUUCUCUCAGGGUGCUCAAAUCAUGGACAACGCGUACUGCGGUGGUGGAGACAGCAUUGAAGGGGUCAAGGACGUCAAUGUUCUCAUCUCCAAUGAGGCGCUCGGCGCGGUGAAAGUCGCCAUCUUCAUGGGCGACCCACGUUACGUCGCUGGCCUUCCUUACGAGGUUGGCACAUGCAAAACGCAAGGAUUUGCACCACGACCUCAGGGGUUUCAAUGCCCGAACGGAGGAAACAUCAAGUCAUUCUGUGACUCAGCAGACCCGUUUUGCUGCAACGGCAAUGAUCCCGUUGCUCAUCUACAGUAUCCCAGCAUCUACGGCGACCAGAUUAAACAGUUUGUGAGCGACAAACUAAAAUAG